AUGAGUGAAAUCAAACCUACCAAUCCAGCAGCCACUCACACUGGAGAGGAAAAGGACUGGGCAGCAUCAAAAGCCUGUUCUGACAGUUUAAAAACAAAGAAACCUAAACCCCCCAAACCCCAAAAUGCCGUGACAAUCGCCGUCUCCUCUCGCACCCUGUUCAACAUGGUUGAGGAAAGGAAGAUCUAUGAGGAAGAGGGAGUCGAGAAGUAUAUGGCCUACAUGAAUCAACAAAAGCACGAGAAUGAACCGCUCAUGCCAGGUGUUGCGUUUCCCCUUGUGAAGGCUCUGAUGACGGUAAACUCCAGACUGAGGCAGCUCUACCCCGACAGUGAGGAACUGUUUGAUAUCGUCCUGAUGACUAAUAACCACGCCCAGGUCGGGGUGCGCCUCAUCAACAGCAUCAACCACUACGAUUUAACUAUUGAGAGAUUCUGUAUGACCGGAGGGCAAAGCCCCAUUGGCUAUCUGAAGGCCUACAUGACCAACCUGUACCUCUCCAAGGAUGGAGAGAAAGUCACCGAGGCCAUUGAGGAGGGCAUUGCUGCAGCGACCAUGUUUACAUCUGGAGAUGUGGAAAACCAGCUGUCCGACACACAGCUGAAAGUAGCCUUUGACGGAGACGCUGUCCUCUUCUCUGAUGAGUCGGAGAUCAUCGCGAAACAACGUGGCCUGGAUAAGUUCUUUGAGCACGAGCAGGAGUUUGAGAACAUACCUCUUAAAAAGGGUCCCUUGAAGUGUUUCCUGGAGGCACUGGGGAAGCUCCAGAGAAAGUUCUACGCCAAGAAUGAGCGUAUGAACUGCCCCAUUCGUACCUACCUGGUAACAGCCCGCAGUGCAGCCAGCUCAGGGGCCCGUGCCCUCAAGACCCUCAGGAGCUGGGGCCUGGAGAUCGACGAAGCCCUGUUCCUAGCUGGGGCCCCCAAAGGGCCCCUCCUGCAGAUAAUCCGGCCCCACAUAUUUUUCGACGACCAGAUGUUCCACAUCGAGGGAGCCAAGGAGCUGGGGACCAUCGCUGCACACGUGCCUUAUGGGAUCGGACAGAAGUAUCACAAGGGGGAACUUAUUGAGCAGCCUGACAAAGAUGUCAAAGACAAGAAGUGAAGAGCCUCCUAGUGGUGGGGAGAUAUCAUACGUUAUGCAAAUGCUUAGUUGCACACAACCCUGUCAUCAGCUGUAGGACCUUUAUUGUUUAUCAGGAUUUUG